CAUCAAAUAUGUCAUCUGGCGAAAACACUUAGGCGCGAUAUUCUUGAAUCAGUUAGCAUUGAUUGCCUGGACAUCACCUAUCUGUGCUUCGGUGCUUAUUGUGAACUGCAUGAUACCGUUCAUUGUAAAGGCUUUUUCAAGUGUGUCUUGUAUGACCUUGAAAUAUUUAUUGGAGCCUUUACUUCAUACUUGUGAGGCAGCUCCUAUCAACAAUGGGGAUAUACUUUGGGAAGCUGCUUGAUAGUACUUUGUGGGGAACCAAGACCCACAAGAUACUCAUGGUUGGACUUGAUUCUGCAGGAAAAACAACAAUUCUUUACCAGCUGAAACUAGGACGUGAGGUAGUGACUAUACCGACAAUUGGCUACAACGUUGAAACCAUUGAGUUAGGCAAUAUCAACUUAUCAGUCUGGGAUCUCGGUGGUUGGACAAAUAAUCCGUUUUGGAUUUAUUAUCUUCCCGACGCAGUGGGCUUGAUAUUUGUUGUUGACCUGAGCGACAACGAGAGGAUGCAUGAAGCUCGCGAUAAACUUCACGCAGUAUUGAGUGAUGACAAAAAUAACGUAUGUUUGUUGGUUUUGGCAAACAAAAUGGAUAAUCCAGAGGCAAUGUCCAUCUCUGAAGUCACCGUGGCACUUGAUCUGCACGAAGUACAAGGCCGGAGUUAUUUUGUGCAGGAAUGUAGUGCAAGGACUGGACAAGGAUUGAUGGAAGGUCUGAAAUGGCUUGCAUCUGCAAUUGGGCAAAAAUAUACUUAAUUGCUUGCCGAAAACAGGAGUUAAAAUGCUUUCAAACAGCCGAACUGCUGUUAUUAUCCCCCAUGUGGGCAUUUGUGUAGGUCUGAAAAUGGUAUAUUCUAGUCUUCUUCCUCCAUAUUGAGCCUGUGUGAACAGGCCUAGUUACAGAUUUGCCCUGCUCUGACUUGCAGACGUAUCUUGUCUGCAAUUACCUACGCACAUAUAUUGCUCGUUGACUCUUUCGUACAGUCAGUCUUUGAAUUAUUCUGAUGCCACUUUAUUGUCCUUUUCAUUUUAAUAAUUUGAUGGGAAUCCUCUGCUUGACUAAAGCUGUCUUGGACGCCAUUAGUCCUUUUGAAGAAU